AUGCUAAUACAUAAUUUGGUGGUUAUAGCGUUAAAUAUUCUAUUGUUACCAUCAGAUAUAUAUGCAGUAGCCUCUCGUAAAGUUGCUCCUUCCUCCAAAAGAUAUACAAUACGAAAAAAAUUGGACUCUGAGCUACCAUCUAUAUCACCUUUUCCAAUAUCAAAUAAUUUUAAUUCAAGAUAUGUCUAUUUUGUGCCUGAAAUUUUUGAUAUCCCAGUUUCUAAAGCUACUCAAGUAACUUCAAACCCAUUACCAAAUAUAGCAGUAUCAAAUAUUGAGAUUGCAGAGAAAAUUGAUAAUAAUGAAGUAUGGAGCUGGAAUUCACAAAAUCAAAAUUGGUUUUGGGGACCUCCAAUUAAAUCAGAUGGUAAUCCAGUAAUACCAGUGUAUCCAAAAAUUGAAGCUCCAAGAGCUUAUACUGGUCCUCUUAGGAUAUAUGGUCCUAUACAAAUUGAUGAUUUUCCAAGACCAAGGGUUAUUGAUAUAAUGUGCAAACCAUAUGAAAGUUUAAUUGGAAUUAGGGCAUGGUUUCCAAAUCCAGAUAGUAAAGGUAGAAAGGACCUUAGAGGUAUUCAAUUUUUAUGCUCUACUCCAUUAGAUGCUAGAAGAAGCAAAUCCAAAUCAUCUCAAUGGAGCAAAAUUAUGGGCAAUGCAGGACCUCAUUUAAAACAGUAUACAGUUUUGACUAGAGCUGAAGAUCCUUUUGUAAAGCUUAGAAUUUUUAUUGAAACUUUAAAUCCUGUUAAACAUCCAUUUGAUAAAGAGCUUAUAGUAUCUACAUCUGGGGGACCUAAACUAGUAUAUGUAGAUGAUGAGACAAGUGCUAUGGAAAAAGGUGCAAUUUAUCUUAUAAGAAGGAUAACCUUAAGAACCAAAAAUAAUCACUUAUCAUAUUUAGGAGGUGGCAGUAGCCAAUUACCUUCUGUUGUUGAGAUUGCUCCAAAAGACCAUGAAUUAAUUGGAUUUAGGGUAAUAUUAUCUGGAUAUCCGUUAGGUCAAUUGAGACAUGAAUUGAAAGGUGAAUUCUACAAUACAUGGAGAUACAGAAAUUCAGUAUCUAUUGGUCUUCUUUUUGGGCGUAGUGAGGAUAUUUUGACAGUUCCAAAAAGUCUCUACGGACAUCAUGGUGUUGAUUUUCAAUAUAUUAAAUGCGAAGGAAAGGUUACAGGCUUGCAUGGUUACUUCAUGGGAAAUAGAGGUUUAGUUGGGCUCAAAGUUGAAUGUGACAGAGUUUGGGGGGAUGUAGUUCUUGGUAUUACUGAAGGUACUGAUUCCAAAGUCCUUGUUGGACAGUUUAUAAACGCAGUUACAGUUCACUUAUCUCCUGAAAUGUUUAUACAAAGUUUGAUAUUUCAUUCUGUGACGGGUAGACAAAAAACUAUGGGGAGUGAUUGGACUGUUCCAACUAUUAGAUCUUCUAAAUCUGAAGGUGGUGGUAGACAUAUUUUGCAAGGAGUUUUCGUUGAGUUAGAUGAAAGUGGUGCAAUUUCAAUGGUUGGUUUUCACUGGAAGAAACCAAUAAAACCAGGAGUUACUGGUGAAAGAGAAGAUUUCGGAUUUCUGGAUACUUCCCAAAGUGAAACCUCUGAUACUGAACAAAGUAAAUAUCUUGAAAAUAAAGAAGAGGAAAUAGUUCCAAAGACAGACUUUUUUGGGAGAGUACCUGUAAACUGUCCAAUAAAAGAAUCGAAGUGUCCUACAGGUGUUCCAAUGACAGGUAUUCGCCUUGUUUUAAGGGUUGGUGAAACUAAACCAAAGCCAUUCAAAGACUAUUUAGUUGCACUAUUAAUUCAAUGUGGUGACGAAUUUCAAGAAAUGAUUGGGAAUCCUAAUAAUAUAGAUUUGGGAAAGAGGCAUACAUUUGAUAUUUUAAUUCAUGAAGAAGAUCCAAUAGUUAGGUUUCGUGCAUAUUUAGGUGAUAAAGGUUUACCACAUAUUUUUGAUAUAGUUAAUCUUCAUGAAUUGAAAAGUAGAUAUGAGCUUUAUGGCUUUAGAAUUGCUAUGAUGAUUGGAUAUGAUCGUAUUAGUGCUAUAAUGCCAUUAUAUCGUCCAAAAACACCUAUUGAACUAGCUCCAGUAACUGCCAAAGAUAUAAGUUUACAUUUGUUUGGGGCAGUUAGACCUGUAGGUGAUCCAGAUAUUGUUGUUCUAGAGACAUCUUGUCCAUUAAAAAUACCAAUAACUUCUGUUCGGAUGUGGUUUGUUACUAAGAAAAAUGACCCCAAUAUUUCAAGAUUGAUUGGAUUGAGGAUCCGCUGUGGCUCAAAGUGGAGGAGAACUAAAUUAGGAAGUGGAAUGGGUGAUAGGCAUGAAAAAGAAGUUCCACCUGGUGACUUUAUCUCUAAAGCAUUUGUCAACCAGCUGGAAAAUAAGCCAUUUUAUACUAGUGCUAUCGUAUUAACCACUUUUCAAAACAAUAGAUUGUCUUUUGGAGGAGUAAAGAAAGAUAUUAUGAAAAAUUUAGCUGCUGGUGAUAUUGAAACAGAGAUAUAUGGAUUCAUUGGUCAGGAAACUGCAGAAGGAUUGGUAUCUAUAGCUUUUCUUGAACGUCCAAUACCAUCAGAGGAGUAUCCACCCUAUAAAGAUGUUGAAAUUUAUCCAUAUCCAGCAGCUUUGGCUGAAGUUUCUAAAGUAGUGAUAGAUAAGGAGGAUCAAGAAGUUUAUAAUAGUGGUAACAUGAAAUCUAUGGAACUAUUUAGACCUGGAGAAGAGUGGUUUGGUAAAAGAGGGUUAAUGGGAUCUUAUGGUUCUGAAUCUGUUUGUGCUCCUGGUACAAGAUUGACAAGUUUACUGGUACACCAGUCAUCAACAUCAAAUCCUCCAAAUAUUAUAGGUCUGACUUUAUUCUGUGAUGGAAAUCCAUUACCACCAUUGGGAAGUACUUUAGGAGAUAUUAUACGUUAUGAAAUUCCACAAAAUGAGCCUAUUGAGAAAGUUGAGCCUAUAUUCAAUCAAGUUGAUGGAUCAAUACAUCGUCUUAAAUUAUUGCGUCGAAUAGAUCUUAAAAAAAGAAUGAGUAAAUUUUAUGAUCGUGUAUUAAGCGGAUUUGAUGCAGAAAUAAGGAAAGGUGUAAUUAUUGCAUUAUCACCUGUUUAUACUAAUAAUGGUGAAUCUGGACCAUCUCCGAAAAUAAGAUUAUCACAAGGGAAAGGAGCUAUUGGACCUGGAUCUGCUCCGUUGACUGAUAGAAAAACUCCUUGGGGACAUGCAAAUUCUGAUGGAGAUGUUGCAACAACUGAUGAAUACUCUUGUGAAGAGGGUACCAAACUUACAAAAAUAUCUAUGGUAUAUAAUCAAGAAGAUAGCUCAAAUGUCUUAGUUGGACUAAAAAUUACUUGCAAUGGUGUGGAUUAUGAUGAAGUUGGACUUUGGAUCAAUGAUAAUAAUACUUUGACGGAGGAAGUCUUUGAAUUAAAAGAAAAAGAGUUCAUCAUUUCUAUUGGGGGGAUUAGGACUUCAGAGACUCAAAGUAUUGGUCAAUUAUUCUUUGAAACUAAUUUCCUAAGGCAAUAUGGUGAAUGGCAACAUUAUUAUGUUGAAGCUCCUGGAAGAGGAAUGGAGUUAUAUGGUUUUGAGCUUUUAUUUGAGAAAUCUGGUGAUUAUACUACAGCUAUUGCAAUGUUGCUACCUCUAUUUAGAAAAAUAACUGAAGAUGACAAUAGUAAUACACUAAAUUCUAUAAGUAUGGGUAUAAAAAAUACCUCACCAUUUCAUCUAUCGUCUAUUCAGAAAGAUGAAGAUGAAAUUCAACAAUCAUUAUUAUCUUCGCCUACUAUUACAACUGACUGGGUUGGUUUGGAAGUUCCAAAUCUUGAGGUGGAUGGUAUUUGGUGUAAGACUUCAAGACUUAAAUUAGAUGGCAGGAUGUUGUGGGAUGAUUGGAAACAUUCCAGAAUGACUGGGAUCAAAAUUUAUUCAGAUGGGAAUAGUAUUAAGGGUAUAGCCUUGCAAUGUGGAGGUAUAUGGUUAGAGGAAGCAUUUUUAGGCUUAGUUAAUGAAAAUAUUCAUAAUGAAGAAAUUAAUAACAUGGUGGAAAGUGAUGCUGAUUUUGUUGAAUCAGUUGAGAUUGGUGUUGAUGCAAGGAGUAUACCUAUGGCUAUUAGAUUUACGAGUUCUAAUGGAAUAAAAAACAAGCUUGUUGUAAAUAACAAUGCUCUACUCUCGUGGAUUGAUACUAAACCAAAUGGUGAUUUUUUUGCCACUGGACUACAUAUAGAGUACGAUCCUGAUACAAAUAUUAUCUUUAGAAUUAAGACUGUAUAUCGUCCAAUUGUAACUGUAAAGGAUACUCCUGAAGAUGAGGAUGUAGGAUUUGUUAUUUAG